AUGAAGCUCGAUUACAUCGACUGCUACCUCGUACACGGCCCAAUUCACGUCAGCUCCAUCAAGCAAGCUGCGAAAGGCAUGGCCAAAUGCGUGGAGGAAAGGAUGACAAAGACCGUGGGUGUCGCGAAUUACUCCGUGGAGGACAUGUUGGUCAUGAAAGAAGCACUGGCGGAGCAUGGUGUACCCCUUGCCACCAACCAAUGCGAGUACUCGGUCCUGCGACGCAUGCCAGAGAUCGAGGGCAUGCUCGAGGCAUGCAGCCAACACGGCAUAGUAUUCCAACUCUACUCGGCCCUUGCCCAGGGACGUCUGUCGGGCAAAUACAGCCGGGAAAACCCGCCUCCCAAGGAAUACCGCUUCAGCAGUUACGAUAUGGAGCACGUGGAGCCUGCCUUGGAAGUCCUCCGUCAUCUCGCCGCGAAGUACAACGUCAGUGUCGCAUCGGUGGCAAUGAACUGGAACAUAUUUGCAAGGGGGCAGUACCCGUGGUGGGGAUCAGGAAGGAAAGCCAGGCUAUCGAGAACAUGCAAGUCCUAA